AUGGCAUCAGUUGCUUACUACGAGCUUUACCGUGGCAGCAGCCUCGGGUUAUCCCUCACCGAUACCCUCGACGACCUGAUCAAUGAAGGCCGUAUUGAGCCGCAGCUGGCGAUGAAGAUCCUCGGGACCUUUGACAAGAUUGUGACUGAAGUCUUGGCGGACAAAGUCCGGGCCAGACUGACCUUCAAGGGCCACCUAGACACCUACCGAUUCUGCGACGAAGUCUGGACCUUCCUGAUCAAGGAUGUCACGUUCAAGCUGGACAACCAGACGACUGUGUCCGCGGACAAGGUGAAGAUCGUGAGCUGCAACAGCAAGCGGCCUGGUGAGGUGUAA